GUUGCCGAGGUUACGAUGGAGGCGGACAUGCUGGUGGAGAAAUGCACGCGGGAAGACAAUGGCAUGAUCAACAUAUACUUGGAUAUGAAGCCAUGUGGAAGACUACAGCUACAUGUCAGAUACUUCCCAGAGAACGGCAAUCAGCGCGAGCACUCACCUGUGCCGCAGAAUCACUCCAUGGACAUGACGGAUGAGGAGAAGCUGAGCUCGAUGGCUCCGGCGCGCAGACGUGGCGCCAUCAAGCAGCCGCGCGUGCACGUCGUACGCGGACACGAGUUCGUCGCCAAGUUCUUCCGCCAGCCGACGUUCUGCUCGAUAUGUCGCGACUUCCUCUGGGGUCUUAACAAGCAAGGAUAUCAAUGUCAAGCCUGUCAAUGUGCCGUACACAAGAAAUGUCAUUCAAAGAUCCUCGGGAACUGUCCGGGCUCCUGUAAGGAUUCCUCUGACACUCAGUACCUGAAAGAGCGAUUUAAAAUCGACGUUCCGCACCGCUUCCAGCCGCACAACUACAUGCACCCGACAUUCUGUGAUCACUGUGGCUCACUGCUCUACGGCUUAUUCAGACAGGGACUCAAGUGUGAGGAGUGCGGUCAGAACUGCCACUUCAAGUGCCAGAAGCUGAUGCCGAACCUAUGUGGAGUUAAUCAGAAGCUGCUAUCGGAGGCGCUCUCUAGCGUCAAGAUUGGCCGCAUCUCGACACCAAGGACGGGCAAGCCGACACAGAAAGGCAACGCUAAGGACAGGGUGCUGCUAGCUGAACUGAAAGGACAGAAGAAGUAUUUCGCUGUGAAGGCAUUGAGAAAGGACGUGGUACUGGAGGACAACGACAUAGAAUGCACGCUGAUAGAGCGCAAGGUGCUAGCUCUCGGCUCCCGCCAUCCCUACCUGGUCGCACUCUUCUGCACAUUCCAGUCCCCGGACCACUUGUUCUUUGUGAUGGAGUAUCUGAACGGAGGAGAUCUCAUGUUUCACAUACAGCAGUGUGGACGCUUCGAUACGGAUAGAGCAAGGCGAAUAAUCCUGAACAAGCAAUACAACAAGGCCGUUGAUUGGUGGUCGUUCGGAGUGCUUCUCUACGAGAUGCUGAUUGGUCAGUCGCCGUACAGUGGCACGGACGAGGACGAGCUGUUCUACGCUAUCUGCCACGAGAUGCCAUACUUCCCACGAUUCCUGCCCAAGGAAGCCGCCAGCUGUCUAGCCCUGCUGCUGGAUAGGACACCUAACGUCCGGCUGGGGAUGCCCGACUGUCCGGCUGGUGACAUACGACAGCACCCCAUGUUCAAGGUCAUACCGUGGGACAAGCUAGAGAAGAAGGAGAUGCCGCCCCCAUACGUGCCGAAAGUGAAGUCAGCAACGGACGUAUCAUUCUUUGAUAAGGACUUCACGCAGGAGAAGGUACAUCUUACCCCGACGGACAAGCAGCUACGCGACACCAUGAACCAGGAGGCCUUCCAAGACUUCAGCUAUACGCAGCCAGCCAUCACCAGCACACCCUGCUAGCUGUCACAAUCUGCUAGCUGUCACAGUCUGCUAGCUGUCACACACUGCUAGCUGUCACACAGAGAUAGGAUUGUAUGCUAUCAAUGAUACCACGCGAACUGUAACGUUAUUUUGGCUGUGACACCACACUAGUAGAUACCGUUUUGGCGGUGACACGUUGGCUGUGACAUCACACUAGUAGAGACAUUAUUGGCGGUGACA